UCUACGGACGCUGCCAUCUUGAGCUUCAUGCAAAAUCUAAAGAAAGGGUGUAUCACAGCUGAGAAAACAAAAACAAUUAAAUUGUUCUAGCCUAGGCCUAGUUGUGAGGAGUUCAACGCUAGUGUUUUUCCUGAUUUAUCGUAUUGUGUGAACAUCAAUAAGGUCUGCGCCAUGUCGCAGGGAUUAAAAAACAUGAAGAAGAAGCACAUCAAAGCUGUAUCGCAGAAAGUAAAGCUCUUUCGAGCAAGCGAUCCACUUCUGUCUGUUUUGAUGUGGGGCAUAAACCACUCGAUCAACGAAUUGAGUCACAUAAACAUUCCGGUCAUGCUGAUGUCCGACGAUUUCAAAGCAUACAGUAAGGUCAAAGUUGACAAUCAUCUUUUCAACAAGGAAAAUUUACCAAGUCAUUUUAAAGUUAAGGAAUACUGCCCUCUGGUAUUUAGGAACCUACGAGAAAGAUUCAAUAUCAAUGACACAGAUUUCCUUAAUUCAUUCACAUUCUCAGCACCAGCAUACGAUGACUGGGCAGGCAAAAGCGGCUCAAAAUUUAUGAUGUCUGCAGACAAGAAGUAUGUUAUCAAGACAAUAUCAAGUGAGGAAGUUGGCCUCUUCCACGAACUCCUCAAAGACUAUCAUAAGUACAUUGUGGAGAUCCAUGGAGAAACACUAUUACCACAGUAUCUUGGUAUGUACCGGUUGACAGUGGAUGGCACCGAAACUUACAUGAUUAUAAUGAGGGGAAUUUUUAGUAGUACUCUCGCAAUUCAUCGGAAGUACGACCUUAAAGGUUCAACUGUGGACAGGCAGGCCAGUGACAAAGAAAAGGCGAAAGAUUUCCCUACUUACAAGGACCAAGACUUCCUGAAGGAAAACAACAAAAUAUAUGUCGGAGCUGAGGCCAAACAUAAAUUAAUCAAAACAUUAGAACAUGAUGUAGAGUUCUUAACCAGACUGAAACUGAUGGACUAUAGCCUACUGGCAGGAAUUCAUGAUGUUGCGAAGGCAGAGCAAGAGGAGCGAGAAAGGUUAGAAGCAGAGGAGAAGAACGGAUACAAUGAUGACGAGGACUCCGGCAGUGGGGAAACAUUUACACCCCCUGACAGCCCAAUGAUUGUCACCACCCCUCUCCUAACAACGGGUGAAUUUGACCUUAGUGAAGACCUGUAUGCCAUCAAAUCCUCUAAAGAAUCACCAAAAGAAGAAGUUUACUUCCUGGGACUAAUAGAUAUCCUAACACAUUGGGGAGCACGUAAAAAGGCUGCAAUGGCUGCAAAGACGGUCAAGCAUGGGGCUGGGGCUGAAAUUUCAUCAGUGAAUCCAGAACAAUACGCUAAAAGAUUCCUAGAGUUCAUUGUGAAUGCAGUUGAAUAGCUCGAUAUGACUGCAGAGAACUUUGACAAAGAAGAGACAAUCUUAAAUACUUGCCAUAUAGUAACUCACAAAAGAAUAAAAUUUGAAAAAAAAUUGAAAACAUUAUUGUAAUUUUCAGAUAAGUCUUUAUAUUAAUAAACUUCAGUUUAUGUUUCAAUGUUAUUUGUUUCAUUAAAGAUACACUGUCUGUGUUGUGUUAAACAACCUGAAAAAUAUUAUUCAAUAUUUGAUUUCCUUACUUUGUUUAAGGCUCUGUCCAGACUAUCAACUUUUAUUUGAAAAAA